GUCUGCUGGUCUGCUUCCGAGUACCUCCUCAAAAUUUGACGUUAACCUCAAAAUCAAAAUUUUAAUGGGAAUUGGAAAGGCGUUCCGGUUGAGUGUUAAGUAGUUUCUAUUCUAGUUUAGUUUAUUUUAGACCUAAACUUGUAUGUGUUUCCACUCUUAAUUCGCAAUAAAAAAUUAUUACAUUCAUAAUGCUAGCUAGGUCUUUAAAUUACAUGCGACAGUGCAUUUUCAACUUUGAAAGCAAUGCGUUAGCUUUACUAGGACUUCAGCGACCUCCAGAUGGAUUCAGUGUAGUACCGAUUGGCGAAUGCUAUCCUCAAAACAACACUCAAUCUCUGGGUUUGAUUCAUGACAUCCUGAAUGACUCUAUUCUAUGGGCAGUGCCGAAGAAGAGGAGAUCAGUUGAAAAGAGGCUAAACAGGAAAUAUGGAUGGCCCGACCAAGUUUGGAAGCCUCUGGUUCCCAAGAAAAAUCUUUUAGUGUGCAAAAACUGUGGUAGUAAUCAUGAAGCUGGCUUUUUAUGUCCCACUUGUUAUUCCAAAGUCAAAGAAGAGACGGAGGCGAUUCACCAAGCAAUUGAAGCUGAGCUAGGCUUGAACCCAUUGGACAAAGAUGUUGUUGUUCUAUAUCAGGGAGAGAAGGAUGGAGUACCAGAUGAGUUUCACAAGGGGAAAAGAAUCAUUGAAAUGAAAAAGGAACGUCCUCCUUGGUUCAGUAAAAAUUUGCUUGAAAAGACCACCAAAGGCCUCGCCACCACUACAAGCGUGAAACCCACGGAUUUGGCGUAGUUAUACAGUUAGUUUAGAUAGAUUAUGUUGCAUUAUUGUUGUUUUCGGUAAUGAUGAUUUGGGAGCGAGCUGGUUUAGUGGUAGAGUGCGGAACUUUGGUCACCGAGGAAGUGAUAUUGCCGCGACCCCUUCUACACCUAGCCUGAAGUAAUGGGAAAAUUCCAGGCUACAAGCUAGAAUAAUAAAAAUUAUACAUUUAUAAAUACAUGCAGAUUAUCAUUGUGAAAAAAACUAUCUAUUGU